AUGCCUGAUGUGAUGGACAAUGUUACUGAUAUCUCAACACUGGAGCAAGAAACAAUAGGCAAACGAUCAAUUGCGGAUCACGUAGACUGGACUGGUCCAAUUCCUAAAUGUUUUGAUUGGAGAGAUUGGCAUGAGCCUGUCGUUACCAAAGUCAAAGAGCAAGGUAGGUGCGAUUCGUGCGGGGUAUUCGCUGCAGUUGCUCAAAUGGAAAGUGUAUGGGCCAUACAAGGGCAUAACCCACUUGUCGAAAUGUCUACUCAACAAGUAGUGUCAUGUGAUAAUUGGUCGAGAGGUUGUAAUUGGGGCUGGUCUUACCGUGCAAUGAUGUAUGUUUUGCGAGCUGGUGGGUUACAAACGGAGAGUUCCUAUCCGUACGGUUCGGGAUCAGACGGCGUCACUAGAAACUGCAAUUUUAAUGCAAGCGCAGUUCACGCUCGUUUUUCAGGUUGGCUCAAAAUAGGAAAAUCGAGAGUCCCUGCAGAUAAUGAAUACGACAUGAUGAUGUAUCUAUAUCGACACGGUCCAAUAGUGGUCAGCAUCAAUGCACAAAAUCUGAGGUUCUACUCAAACAGAAUAUUAAGUUUUUGUGGAGGCAAUCACAAGUGGACCACUCAUAUUGUGGUACUCACGGGUUUUGGAGUCAGCGAUAGCGGCACACCAUUUUGGAUUGUAAGAAAUUCUUAUGGAGACGACUGGGGCGAUGGCGGUUACUUCCUUAUUGAACGUAACGUCAACAUGUGUGGAAUCGGUCAAUGGGCUUAUGCAGCGUACAUUACACCGUCUUAA